AGCCAUGAGGGGCCGUCAGGGGUGUGGCGCGACUAUGACUGCUGCGCUCCUGCGCCGGCGUGUGUGUGCCCGGGCGGCGCGAGGUCAAGGGGUGGGGCAUGUCGCACAGGCUGCUGGCGGCGGUGGGGAGCCGCAGGGCGGCUCUGCCGCUGGCCGCGCUGUGGAGAUGCGGCUGGGGCGCCGGGGACCACAGCACGGCCAGAGUGGGCCUGAGGGCUCUGCGCACCAGCCGGCAGGGAAUCUACUUUCAGCAGCUGGUUCUGCAGGGAAGACUGACAUCAUUUUCCCAGUGGCUGUAUUCGAAAGUUCCCAAAGGCUUUGAGAAGUAUUUUAAGAGAAGUGGAAGAAGCACGGGCAAAGAAGAGUCAGCACCUCCAGAGAAAGAUACUGAUGAAUCAAAGGAUCAUGGACUUGGAGGAAAUGGUGGCAAAAGAGGUGGGAAGAAGGAUGACUUUGCAUGGUGGAAACGGAUACAGAAGGGAGAAUUCCCUUGGGACAACAAAGAGUUCCGUAAUCUGGCUGUUAUGGGAGCAGGCUUCGCUAUGGGAUUCUUCUACUUCUAUUUUCGAGAUUCUGGAAAAGAAAUCACUUGGAAGCAUUUUGUACAGUAUUACUUGGCCAGAGGACUGGUGGACCGACUUGAAGUUGUGAACAAACAGUUUGUGCGUGUGGUUCCCACUCCUGGAGCAUCUUCUGAGAAAUCCGUGUGGUUUAACAUCGGCAGUGUUGACACGUUUGAGAGAAAUUUGGAAUCUGCCCAGUGGGAAUUGGGAAUUGAAGCUGCCAAUCAGGCAGCGGUGAUUUAUACCACCGAGAGUGAUGGCUCCUUCUUGAAAAGCCUGAUUCCCACUUUGCUUCUGAUUGGGAUUUUCCUCUACGCUGUGAGGCGAAGCCCAAUGGGAGCAGGCCGGGGAGGACGAGGCGGAGGCCUCUUCAGUGUUGGUGAAACAACUGCCAAAAUCCUGAAGAAUAAUAUCGAUGUACGGUUUGCUGACGUGGCAGGCUGUGAAGAAGCCAAGCUGGAGAUCAUGGAGUUUGUGAACUUCCUGAAGAACCCCAAACAGUAUCAGGACCUUGGAGCCAAGAUCCCCAAGGGGGCUAUGCUCACCGGUCCUCCUGGUACUGGGAAAACACUCCUUGCCAAAGCGACUGCAGGGGAGGCCAGUGUUCCUUUUAUCACUGUGAAUGGCUCUGAGUUCCUGGAGAUGUUUGUGGGAGUUGGGCCUGCACGGGUUAGGGACAUGUUUGCAAUGGCUCGAAAAAAUGCUCCCUGCAUCCUAUUCAUCGAUGAGAUUGAUGCAAUUGGAAGGAAACGAGGUCGUGGCAAUUUUGGAGGGCAAAGUGAACAGGAAAACACCUUGAAUCAGAUGCUUGUGGAAAUGGAUGGAUUUAACUCCAGCACCAAUGUUGUGGUACUUGCAGGGACCAACCGCCCAGACAUCCUUGACCCAGCACUAAUGAGACCAGGGCGCUUUGACCGUCAGAUUUACAUUGGGCCCCCUGACAUUAAAGGUAGAUGUUCCAUCUUUAAAGUCCACCUUCGUCCACUGAAAUUGGAUGAGAAUAUUGGCAGAGAUGCCCUGGCCAGGAAACUAGCAGCUCUGACUCCAGGAUUCACUGGUGCUGAUAUUUCUAAUGUCUGUAAUGAAGCUGCCCUGAUUGCUGCUCGUCAUCUGAGUGCUUUUGUUCAAGAAAAGCACUUUGAACAGGCCAUCGAGAGAGUCAUUGGAGGCCUUGAGAAGAAGACUCAGGUUCUCCAGCCCAGUGAGAAGACAGCCGUAGCCUAUCAUGAAGCCGGCCAUGCUGUGGUGGGCUGGUUCUUGGAGCACGCUGACCCCCUACUGAAGGUGUCCAUCAUCCCCCGAGGAAAGGGGCUCGGCUAUGCACAGUACCUGCCGAAGGAGCAGUACCUCUACACUCGGGAACAGCUCUUUGAUCGCAUGUGCAUGAUGUUAGGGGGGCGAGUGGCCGAGCAGCUCUUCUUUGGCCGCAUCACGACAGGGGCUCAGGACGACCUGAGGAAAGUGACGCAGAGCGCGUACGCACAGAUUGUCCAGUUUGGGAUGAGUGAGAAACUAGGCCAGGUGUCAUUUGACUUACCCCGGCAAGGGGAAGCCCUGGUGGAGAAGCCGUACAGUGAAGCAACAGCCCAGCUCAUCGAUGAGGAAGUGCGCCACCUGAUUAACUCUGCCUAUUCCAGAACUUUGGAAUUGCUGACCCAGUGUCGGGACCAGGUAGAAAAGGUAGGAAAGCGUCUCUUGGAGAAGGAAGUACUUGAAAAGGCGGACAUGAUUGAACUGCUGGGCCCCCGGCCUUUUGGAGAGAAAUCUACUUAUGAAGAGUUUGUGGAGGGCACAGGGAGCUUGGAGGAGGACACUUCCCUUCCAGAGGGUCUGAAGGACUGGAACCGAGAACGGAUAGAAGAAAGCACCGAAAAGCAAGUCCAGGAAAGUACUGUGUAAACCAGCUGAGGCCUCCGAGCAUUUGUCUCUUGUGCUUUGGGGGAUGUCCUCAUUCUCCUCACUAUACCUCUGGGGCUGUGGCCUCCAGCACCUCUACCUAUUAGCAGGAAAGUCUUGGAAAGCAGCUGCCAGAAUCGCUGGAAAGCAAAUUAAAGCACAUUGUAAAUACCAGUGGGUGUUUGAGAGAAGAACUCUUUGGAACAAACCAGGAUUCCUCAUUCCUGAAACUUGCAGGAAGCCAAUAAAGUGGUGUCCAGCCAGGGAGGUAGGCUGAAGAAAAUAACCAGCAUUUGAGUGGUGUGCAGGUCUUAGCUCAAAUCCUUAAGUGAGAAUGACAGGUCUGAAUGGGUGAGGGUAGAGGCACCGGGUAGGCAGGGGGCUUUAUUUUUAAUAAGCCACAGCUCCCAUUUGGAAGACGGGCCUUCUAUCUCCUAAAGGAGCAGGAGACAGGAAAGGCUCCAAAAUAGACCUAGUGAGCUAAGAGGGGGAAAAGGACAUUUCUUCUCCCACUGUCAUAAGUAGCCAAAAUCAGUGGUUAAGUCACAAAACAGGUAAAUAUUUGGGAAAGAGGAUUUUUUUAUAAACCUUGGCAGUUAGCCCCCCUCAUUUGUCCUUCAUGAAGACUUUGAAAUGUAAGCUAAAGUUUCAAUAUCCAAGAGGGAGAGGAAAUUAUUGACCAACCCCAAAGACCCCAAGUAGGAAAAAGUGUUCAAAUUAAGAAGAGGACAAUUUAAGCUGUUUGACAGAGGAAAUGGUUAGAUUCUGUAAAAGCCUCUUUUUUUUGCUAGAAUAAAGCUAAAUCCAGCCAGACCAGAGAUUGUAGAGUGUGAGGAGAAUGGUGUGUUGGGGGCAGCGGGUGAUGGAUUCAGCCAUUUGAUCUUGGAUUGUCACCAUGGUGCCCUGCCAUGGCUGCCACUCUGAAGAUUGAGGCACAGUUCAUGUUUUUAAAGAAUCACUUUGGCUUCCUUCAAGAAGUCAGGGCAGGUUUCAGUACUCCAAGCCUACACUCCAGGGUGCCAUUUACUGGAUUCCGGCACAUUCCACGGCAUUCUCACACUAAACUCUGGGUAUUGUAUCAUACAAGCAUCGAGGGCUUGCCUUCUGGGGCCUGGAGGCUCAACCAACCAGACCCUGCCCAGGACGCCUUUUCCCACAAGGCCCUGUGCUCUGCUGCUCACACUCACUGUGUCAUGGAAGCCUAGAAGUGGAACCCAGUGGAACCUCCUCCUUGCAGGACUGUUUGACUUGCCAGCUUUCUUGUCCUCACCCCCUCUUACUCCUGCUACUGUCUUUGCUUCUUUUGAGAGAGGUUGGUGACAUCAAGCGCUUCAGUUAAUUAAUUUUUUUCUUAUUCUGAGUUGGUUCUUGAUCUAGCUUUUUUCUUAUAUCUUGAACUGAAGGAGGCUCACGUUUUUUCUUCAUUCCCUCUCUGUGAAAGGCAAAGUGUUUGGUUUGGAAAAUCAUUGCAGAGUGUAGAUGUUCCAAGUAUUUUGUCCUGCUCAGAAUCUGUUAAACCAUAGAUGAUGGCCAGGAUUUGGGGGCUAGGAAAAUCCCAUUCUUUUGACUGAAGAUUUGUCCCCUUAGCUUUCCUUUCCAAACCUGUUGCCAUGGGAUUAAAAGUUUAAAAAAAAAAAGCCUUUGAGGAAUUAUUCUAGCAUAUAGACCCUCCUGCCUAGACCUGUGCAAGGUUCUUAUGCAAAAUUGCAGCAAUUUGAGAUGAUUUUGAGAGACCGAUCUAAUUUAACCCCUUGUUUUCUGAUUGGUGAAUGCCCAAGCCAUCCAGAAGAAAUAGUGAUCUCUUUCUUCCUAAAGAUCAUUAGAGAAAGAGAGGCCAUUGACUCAUUCCUGUGUUUUAUUCCCCUCAACAAUGAAGAACUUCUGAAUGAGUUUGUUUGGAGAAGCAGAAAAAACAAACCAUAGCACCGUGUCCCCCAGGGCAUCCUGGGACAGGGUCACUCUUGCCUGCAUCCUCCUGGGCACCAGCUAACUAGCAUGAUUCAUUUGUAGGGAGUGAUACCUAGUAAGUGUAACUGCUCCAAGGGCAUAAAAUAGGAAGCCUCACAGGGUUCGUUGGGUAUGCUGUAUCAAAUGAAAUUGGGGAGGGGAGCAGCAGGAAGGGGUAGUCUACUUGUUUGCCAGUCUGACGCUGUUUUUGUUUUUAAUAAGAACACUAGGUCCCCUUAAGACAAAUCCAAGCCCACUUCUCAGAAGCAGCAUUGCCCUAGGUCUCAUUACCCAUUGUCUGUUAGACAGUUUGGCCUUUCGGUGGGAGUGAUUUUCAGAUUGUGCUAUUUAACAGCAAUGCCGACUUGCAGCAGCUGGGGUAGAAUAUGCUUCCUCUAGAAAAGCAGUCUUGCCAACUUACACAGAGCACACUGGACAGAGAAAGCUGCAUGCCACCUGUCAUGACUUUAAUUGAUAGAUAAGGAACUUGUUUGGAAACAGGACUGAUGAUCCUUAUAGUUCAUCUGCCCCAUUUGAAGGGGGAUAUAGGCAAGUUCAUGAACUAGCGAAGGCCAUAAGGAAUAGUGAGUUUUCUCAGAGCUGCUUAGAUGAAUACUUCCUGCAUUCCUGCUGGACCUGCCAUUGCAGCAUUUCUCCACUUAGAAACUUGCUGUUUUAAAGCCAGGCAGUUCACCUCAUGGGGUUUGACUACAGGAAAAUGCCAGAUUCUAAGAGAGGAUUUUCUUUAGGUCCAUGCCUAACAUCAUGCCUCUUAGGAUCUCUCUCAGCAUGAUGUCUGAUCGUGUCAAUCAGCUGGCAUUUACUAGGUGUUUACUCUGUUCCAGGCACUGUGGUAAGCUCUGGAGAUAUAAAGAAAAUAUGAGUUGGGUCCAAAAACAAUGGCUGUGUGAUUGGGCUGGGAUUUUAAUGUUGCAGUUUGGGGAGGCAGCUUAAGGCCAGUCUUACCAUGAAGGCUAAAGAAUUCUCAUGUUCUUUCCACUUCGCUCCUUUGGAAAGCUUGAGUCUCAUGUUGACGUUCAUGAUCCUGACCUUGACCCUGAACCCAUGGCUUAAGUCUACGGCAUAAAAUCUUCCUCUGUGUCAGUUGCUCAGAGACUCCCAGUCCUGCGUUCUGUUGGCUUUCUCCAAAUAAGGGAAUAUUAAUCAUUGAUGCUUCUGGCCUUUUUCUCCCAUUCAUGUAGGGGGAACUCCCCUGUGGCUAUGGACAAGAGUGACUUUGGCAUUCCUUUCUAAGCUUCUCUUAUUAUUACACAGCUUGGCUAAGAGAACAGCAGAGUCAUGCCGGAUGAAAUAAAAUUUAAUUUGUGUAAUUCUUUUUUAUACACCAGUGAUAAGCUCCAGCAGCUAGGUAAUGACUCUAAACCUUUUCUCCCUGGGGUAGCUCUAAGACUUGUGCAAGCUUGACUUCCUCUUUCCUGCCCAUUGUGGUGGAAGCACACCACCUCAUUCUCACUCCUGAUUUUUUUGUUGUCUUGGACAUGCCUCCUUCCACAUUUAAACUAUCAGCAUAUUCUCCAUCCCUCAUGGAGUCCCAUUUCUUGGAUUCACUUCUCUCAUUCUUAAUAUAGACUAUGGUUGUUCUUUCCAGUAUUUGCCACAUUGUAUGACCUUGGGCAGAAUCCCUCACCUCUGUUUCUUCAUCAUUAAAAGGCAGGGGAGUGGACUAGAAGGCCUUCCAGAACCCUCCCAGUUCUAGGUCCGUGCGCUCGUGAGCUCACUCCUGCAUUGGCCUCUGCUUCCCGGCCUUCCCAGUCAUCAUAAAUGUCAACCACCAAAUGCCAAGGCCCCAGUUCUUCCCCAUCAUUUAAGGUCACCUUCCUUCUCAAGGUCCUCAUGUGGGUCAUCAGACUCAGAUUACGCAUGUUCAAGGUCACGGUCCUUUAUUUGGGCCCAGUAUGAAAAGAUGACAUACGUUUCCUGCUGCUUGUCUAGUCUGCCCAGCCUUAAUUUAUCUUACUUUCUUAAUUUAUCUUACCUUCACCUUUUUGUUUUAUAUCUUCCCCUGGCCAAAAACAACACCACCAAAAAAACCGAAACCAUUCUUUGCAUCUGGAACAUUCUUUUUCUUAAACAAUUAGCUGACUCUAAAAUUCUUAUAUUUCCUUUUGGGGAAUCCUUCAUUUAAUUUUGCAUGUAUUGUUAGAAGUGGAGGGAGGAAGGGAAUGGGCUAGAAUUACUUAUUCUAAUCUGUUCCCUCUGAAACAAUACUUUAUGUUGUAUUAUAUAACACUUCAGUAUUGGCAAUGGCGUUUUAAAUUGCAUUCCAGCAAAUAAAAUGAGAAACCAUGAAGCAAACUACAAACAAAUUAAUGAAAACACAAUAAACAUGGAAUACUCAAAUGGAAA